ACAAAUACAAAUACAAAGGGGAGGAGAAGAAACGCGUGGUCGUAUGAUCCGAUUCCCUCCGAGUCUGACACAUUGACACCUUCACUUUCUUCUUCUUCUGUGUUCAGUGUUCACACACACACACACACACACACUCUCUCUCUGUGUCUGUCUGAGAUUGCGUCACAGAGAGUGAGAGUUAGAAAUGGCGGUUGGAGGAGUGAUACUGGACGAGUCUGCACUACUUGAGAAAUCGAGUGGGUUGCUACCAGCUGCCCACCCUGUGCUGCGUAAGCUCCGCCAUUCCAACAUCCCUACGGGAAUUUCUUAUGGACCAGGUCUUGAACCUCACAAGGUCAGACUUCUGAAAGAGAUUGCGAUGCAGUAUUCAAUCCAUUGCUUCAUCUUAGAUGCAUCCUUUAUAGAUGAUGCUAUAAAUGAGGUCAUACUAGCUUGGUGUGACAUUGGAGGCAGUAUUUUGUACCUAGCUUCUGACAACAAGAAAGACAUCUUUCCUAAACUAAGCAAACGUGGUUGGCUGGUUGCUGUUAUGAAUGUUGAAGGCAGCAGUGCAUGUGAGAGUUCAAGCAUGGUUUACAUCAACAAACUGCAGGAGUUGCCUUUGACUAUUUGCCACUUAAAUAAGAAGGCAACUGGAAACAGUGUUGUGACAGUUGGUUAUAUUAUGAAGCCUUCUCGUGAAGAAGAUUUUGCUAAGAGGGGCGCAUUCCCUAUGUGUCCAACUCAAAAUGGGCUGAUUUUCAUGCCCCUCACAUUUGAACUCCCUCUAUCACCUCAGUUACAAGAAGUUGAUGUACUUCUCCACAAAGCAACUGAUGAAAUUAUGUCCAUUGAUUUGAAUAGCUCUUUACAUUCCUCUAAUAAGAUAACAUACAGCAGGGGCAUGCAGGAAUUGCAAAGAUAUAUGGAACAUCACCAGGACCUCUGUGUGAUUGACCCACUUAACUCUAUUUAUCCUGUAUUGGAUCGAUUGAAAAUUCAACAGAUUCUACUUGCAUUGGAGGAUCUCAAAACUGGAAGUUGCUGUGCAAUUAGGGGGCCCCAUUAUCUCAAGGUUGAUGAUUUUAACCAGACUGGUUUAACUCAGAUGCUAUCUGAAGCUAAAUUAGCUCUUCCAAGUAUAGUAAAACCUCAAGUUGCUUGUGGUGUAGCCGAUGCUCAUAGUAUGGCAAUUGUCUUUAGAGUUGAAGAUUUUAAGGAUUUGACUGUUCCUCUUCCAGCAAUUAUACAGGAAUAUGUGGAUCAUUCCUCGACGCUCUACAAAUUUUAUGUUUUGGGCGAGAAAGUUUACCAUGCAGUUAAGAACUCUACACCAAAUGCAGAUACCUUGAUGAAAAUAUCUGGAAGUAAUGAGCCAAAACCUUUGCUCUUUGACAGUCUAAAGUCCUUGCCCACUAGCAAACAGAAUCCAAAUUCUGUAGAUGAUAACAGCUCAAAGUCCACUGAGCACUGCCUUGAUCUUGAUUUGGUUACUACUGCAGCUAAUUUUCUUAUGAGAAAGCUUGAACUCACCAUCUUUGGCUUUGAUGUUGUAAUUCAGGAAGGUACUGGUGACCAUGUCAUUGUAGAUGUAAAUUACCUUCCAUCAUUCAAGGAAGUACCCAAUGAAGUUGCCAUCCCUGCGUUUUGGGAUGCUGUUAAGAAGAAAUUUGAAGUCAAAGGAAGAAAUAAGUGACAGCUGGCUAGUAUGUGAAAGGAGGUUAGUGAAGAUGUAAUUUGAUCAUGGCAGGUGAUUAGAAGAAAAGAGGAACGUGUAAUAAUUGAAUUGAAUGUGGAGAUAAGUUGUGUAAUAUACUACAAAUCCUUGCAGCCUUGCACUCUAAGCAAUAAAAGAUUAUCAUUUGGAGAAAACCAUUAAAACUUUCUUUCCAUCAUC